UGCACUCUGGGACGCACACCUUCCACGUGACACCCGCAGUAUGCCUGAAAUCACAAAGGAAGUCGGCAUCGCCUUUGCUCUCACGUGGGCCGCGGCGUUCGCGACCUGUCUCGGUGGUCUCGUCAUCUUUAGCGCGUCCAUGGUCAAGAUGGCCAGCGCCAAGAACCUCUCGAUCGCGCUCGCGCUCGCCGGUGGUGUCAUGGUCUUCAUCUCGCUCGUCGAGAUUUUCAACGAGUCGGUCGAACAGUUCAAGGCUGGCAACGCGGACGAGGCCGGCGAGUGCGACCCGACGUGCGAGGGCAACGCGUGGGUCUAUACCAACAUUUGCUUUGCCAUUGGCGCUGGUAUCAUCUACCUCCUUGAUGCGAUCGUGCACCGCCUCUCCCCCGACCUCAAGGACGAAGUCGACGUCGCCGAUCUCUCGCGCCUCGAGCAAGUAGUCGAUGGCCACGUGCCCCUCUCAACGCCACUCGACUGCGAGAAGGAGACGCUCGCCGGGAAAGAGAAGGCGGCCAUGAACCGCACGGGCAUCCUCACGGCGAUUGCACUGGCGAUCCACAAUCUCCCGGAAGGUAUUGCCACGUACACGGCGGCAGUCCACGACCUCAAGGUCGGCGCAACCCUUGCCAUUGGUAUCGCGCUGCACAACAUUCCCGAAGGCAUCGCUGUCGCAACGCCUGUCUACUUUGCGACGGGCAACCGCUGGAAGGCGUUCUUCUGGGCCUGUGGGUCGUCGCUCGCCGAGCCGCUCGGCGCGAUCCUUGCCUUCUUCAUCCUCGGCGACGGCCUCAAUCCGUCUGUCGAGGGCGCGAUGUUUGGUCUUGUCGCUGGUAUGAUGGUGACGCUCUCGAUCAAGGAGCUCAUCCCGUCGGCCGUCAAGUUCUACCCCGACGGCCACGCUGUCUCGAUCGCGAUUCUGGGUGGCAUGGGCCUCAUGUCCCUGAGUCUCAUCCUCUUUGCCUAUGUCGGUGUCUAAGGCGACGCUCCUUAAAGGUGUUGUCUCCAGUGCUACAUGGAAUAAGAUCUUGUUUGUGUUUUUCG